AUGCAAAAUAUUGCUAAAAUGAUAACUGAACAACUCCGCAAUCCAAAUGAAUUGGACAUUAGCCUUAGAAUGGAGUUUGGGCCAUUUGAAACUGUACAUAAAUGGAAACGCAUGUCAGAAUGCUAUGAAUUUGUUGGAGCAAGGAGAAGUAAACAUACUGCUGUAGCUUACAAAGACGCAAUUUAUGUAUUUGGUGGUGACAAUGGUAAAUCUAUGCUGAAUGACCUAAUUAGAUUUGACAUCAGAGAAAAAUCUUGGACUAAAACUGGAUGUAUGGGUACCCCUCCAGCACCGAGGUAUCAUCACUCAGCAGUUGUGCAUAGAUCUUCUAUGUUUGUGUUUGGGGGCUACACAGGUGACAUCCUCGCUAACUCCAAUCUUACCAAUAAAAAUGAUCUGUUUGAAUACAAAUUCCAAAGUGCUCAGUGGGUUCAAUGGAAGUUUGUUGGCCAAGAACCUGUGCCUAGAUCAGCCCAUGGCGCGGCGGUCUACGACGAUAAGCUUUGGAUUUUCGCAGGAUAUGAUGGCAAUGCUCGCCUGAACGAUAUGUGGACGGUUAAUUUAGUAGGUGAAAACCGUCAGUGGGAACGCGUGGAGCAAAAGGGUCAGUGCCCACCUACCUGCUGCAACUUCCCGGUGGCCGUUGCACGUGGCAAGAUGUUUGUGUUCAGUGGACAAAGCGGCGCUAAGAUCACCAACGCACUAUUCCAGUUUGACUUCGAAACUCAUACUUGGAGCCGCGUGUGCACGGAGCACCUGCUGCGCUGCGCGGGCCCGGCGCCGGCGCGGCGCUACGGGCACACCAUGCUGGCGCACGCGCGCCACCUCUACGUGUUCGGCGGCGCGGCCGACAGCACCCUGCCCUCGGACCUGCACUGCUACGACCUGGAUACGCAGAUGUCAGUCGUCCAGCCAUCUACCGACUCACAGAUCCCUUCAGGCCGCCUUUUCCACGCAGGAGCAGUUGUUGGAGAUGCUAUGUAUAUUUUCGGGGGGACCGUCGACAACAAUGUUCGCAGUGGCGACCUCUAUCGGUUUCAGCUGUCGAACUACCCGCGCUGCACGCUGCACGAGGACCUGGGUCGCGUGCUGCGCUCGGAGCAGUUCUGCGACGUGACGCUGCUGGUGGGCGGCGAGCCCACGCCCGUGCUCGCGCACCAGGCGCUGCUCGCCGCGCGCUCCGCAUACCUGCGCGCCAAGAUCAAAGAAGCGCGAGAAGAGUUAGCGAAACGCAUCGCUGCCGGCGAACUAAAGCCUACGGAAGCGUACAACUACAAGGCGCCACCUGAACUAGUCAUCAAACUGCCCGAAGCUACACCGGAAGCGUUCCGAAUGGUCCUGAAUUAUAUCUACACAGACAGAAUAGAUCCUACUGAAAAGGACGAGAAUCCAGCUUCUCCAGCAACGAUACUGCUGGUGAUGGAAGUACUGCGCUUGGCUCUUCGUCUCAACAUACCUCGUCUGCGCGGCCUGUGCGCGCGGUUCCUCCGUGCCAACCUGUGCUAUAGCAAUGUACUGAAGGCGUUACAUGCAGCUCAUCACGCCAAUUUACAUUGCAUUAAGGAAUAUUGCUUACGUUUCGUGGUGAAGGACUACAAUUUCACGCCUAUUGUGAUGUCAUCGGAGUUCGAGGAGAUGGAACAGAGUCUGAUGGUGGAAGUCAUUCGCCGACGCCAGCAGCCACCUCCCAAGCAGCCUGCUGCGUCGCACGAGUGUGACGAGGAGAUACAAGGCGGCACGACGCUGGAGCAGGACAUGUGCGUGUUCCUGUGCGGCGGCGCGGAGCUGAGCGACGUGGUGCUGCGCGUGGGCGCCGUGGCGCGCCCCGCGCACCGCUCCGUGCUCGCCGCACGUGCUGCCUACUUCGAAGCCAUGUUUCGUUCUUUCUGCCCGAAAGACAACAUCGUCAACAUACAAAUUUGCGACACAGUUCCGACGGAGGAGGCGUUCGACUCUCUGCUGCGCUACAUUUAUUACGGUGAAACCAACAUGCCCACAGAAGACUCACUUUAUUUAUUUCAAGCGCCCAUCUAUUACGGUUUUACAAACAAUCGUCUACAAGUAUUCUGCAAACACAAUCUGCAGAGUAAUGUGUCGCCGGAAAACGUCCUAGCGAUUCUGCAGGCCGCUGACAGAAUGCACGCGACCGACAUCAAGGAAUAUGCUUUGAAGAUGAUCGCUCACCAUUUUGGAGUUGUGGCACGUCAGGAAGCAAUCAAGAAUUUAGCACAGCCGCUCUUAGUUGACAUUGUUUUGGCAUUAGCAGAAGAACCUCAGUAUGACACUCCAUUACCUUUGCAACCCAGAUCCCUUCCUUCUUCCUCGUCAGCGGAUACCCUUACAGAUGACCCCGAAUAUGCCCGUCAUAGAUCUUGCAAGUAA